GCGGCGCAGCGGGGCCAUGGCGGGGAUGGCUGCGGCGGUGGCGAAGGAGCGGGCGGCGGCGGCAGGCGUGGGGCAGCACGACCGCGCCGUCCCCUACCUGGGCCAGGAUUUCGGGGCUCUGCGGCAAGCGUGCCUGCAGGAGGGGCGGCUUUUCCAGGACCCGUCCUUCCCCGCCGGCCCCACCGCCCUCGGCUACCGAGAGCUGGGGCCCAGCUCCUACAAGACCAAGGGAGUCGUCUGGCAGAGACCCACGGAGCUGUGUUCGAACCCCCAGUUCAUAAUUGGAGGAGCCACUCGCACAGACAUCUGCCAAGGUGCCUUAGGGGACUGUUGGCUCCUGGCUGCUAUUGCAUCUCUCACCUUGAAUGAAGAAAUCCUAGCCCGUGUUGUUCCCAAAGACCAGAGCUUCCAAGAUAAAUAUGCAGGAAUUUUCCAUUUCCAGUUCUGGCAGUAUGGGGAAUGGGUGGAUGUCGUGGUGGAUGACAGGCUGCCCACCAAGAACGGGGAGCUGCUCUUCGUGCACUCCGCGGAGGGCAGCGAGUUCUGGAGUGCGCUGCUGGAGAAGGCCUAUGCCAAGCUGAACGGAUCUUAUGAGGCUCUCUCUGGUGGCACCACCACUGAAGGCUUUGAGGACUUCACUGGUGGAAUUGCCGAGUGGUAUGAGCUGCAGAAGGCACCACCCAACCUCUUCAAAGUCAUCCAGAAGGCGCUUCAGAAAGGCUCUCUUCUCGGCUGCUCCAUUGAUAUCACUGGUGCAGCAGAGAUGGAAGCAAUCAUUUCUGAGAAGCUGGUGAAAGGACAUGCAUAUUCGGUCACUGGGGCAGAGGAGGUGAACUUCCGAGGAACAAUGCAGAAGCUGAUCAGAAUCAGAAAUCCCUGGGGAGAAGUGGAGUGGACUGGAAAGUGGAACGACAACUGCCCAAACUGGAACGGUGUUGCCCCUGAGGUGCGGGAGCGGCUGACCAGGAGACACGAAGAUGGGGAGUUCUGGAUGGCGUUCAGUGACUUCUUGAGGCAUUUCUCCCGCCUGGAGAUCUGCAACCUGACUCCAGACUGCCUGUCUAGUGACAAGUACAAGAAGUGGAGCCUGCUGAAGCUGGAUGGGAACUGGAGGCGAGGAGCCACUGCAGGGGGCUGCAGGAACUACCCAAACACUUUCUGGAUGAAUCCACAGUAUUUGAUCAAGUUGGAGGAAGAAGAUGAGGAUCCUGAUGAUCCCGAGAGGGGCUGCACCUUCCUCGUUGGCCUGAUUCAGAAGCACCGUCGGAAGCAGCGGAGGAUGGGAGAGGACAUGCACACGAUUGGCUUUGCAAUUUAUGAGGCAAGUGAGGCAUUUUCUGGCCAGACCAAUAUUCAUCUUGGCAAAAACUUUUUCCUCACCAACAAAGCAAGAGAAAAAUCCAACACCUUUAUCAACCUCCGAGAAGUGCUGAACCGGUUCAAGCUCCCUGCAGGAGAAUACAUCAUUGUGCCCUCCACCUUUGAACCCAACAAGAAUGGAGAUUUCUGCCUGAGAGUCUUCUCUGAGAAAAAUGCAAACUCCACGGUCAUAGAUGAUGAAAUUGAGGCAAAUUUUGAUGAGGCUGAGAUCAGUGAAGAUGACAUUGAUGCCAGCUUUAAAAAGCUUUUUGGGCAGCUAGCAGGAAGUGAUGCAGAGAUCUCUGCCUUCGAACUGCGCAGCAUCUUGAACAAAGUCCUGGCUAAACGCCAAGAUAUUAAAUCUGAUGGCUUCAGUAUUGAGACAUGUAAAAUAAUGGUUGACCUGUUAGAUAAUGAUGGAAGUGGUAAGCUGGGGCUGAAGGAAUUCCACACCCUCUGGACAAAGAUUCAGAAGUACCAGAAGAUUUACAGGGAAAUUGAUGUGGAUCGAUCUGGCACCAUGAAUUCCUACGAGAUGAGGAGAGCACUGGAAGCAGCAGGUUUCAAACUGAACUGCCAGUUACAUCAAGUCAUUGUAGCUCGUUUUGCUGAUGAAGAUCUCAGCAUUGACUUCGACAACUUUGUCCGCUGCUUGAUUCGGCUGGAAACGUUGUUCAAGAUGUUCAGAAAGCUGGAUACUGAGCAAACUGGAAGGAUAGAACUGAACCUCGUUAAUUGGCUGUGCUUUACUGUCAUUUGAGCCACUGACCUCAAGAGACCAAGAGGAAGAGAAUCAAACAAGCAUGCAAGUAAUAGCUCAACAUGAAUGUGCCUUAAUUUCUGCAUGGAAGAAAAGUGUUCAACCAAAGAAGAAUCUGCAGCCUCA